AUGCUGGAGGUCGAGAUUUCACGCUGUCUAAUGAAAGUGUCAUCCUAUUCAACGCGUUUUUGCUCCUGCAUGAAGGAAAAGACCAUAACUGCCAACAAGAAUGCACAUGGCUUUAAAGCAAUGAACGCUUAUACUAUUGAAGAUCUGAUUGCUUCAAGUUUAACACAAAAACAGAUGAUCACUCCGGCAAGCCUGGAGCAUCGCUACCUGGACUGUAUGUGUGUUGUGAUUAGAGUGAACUCAGAGAUUAUGAAUGACACUCAGAACUGGAUGUACGAGUUUCUGAAGUUAUAUGGACUUCAAUGUGCCAUAGAUGUCAUUCUUGCUUGA